CCCGAAUGUGGUCCAAGUUUUGUUUUUUCGUUUCUCAGGAGAAGGCUCACAAAGCAGAUCGACAACGAGAGUCCAUCACACAACACAAACCCUCUUCGAUCCUCAUCCGUCCUCUCCAGAUCGCCGUUUUCAAUCGCCGGCGCCGCUAUCUCUUUUACUUCCCGUCUUAGCUUUCUUUUUUUGGUUCAUCAAUGGGCUGUCAUCCUGAAAACGAUAGACCUGGGUGGGCAGAUUGAAUUAUACCCGAAUUCUCUCGCUUUCGGCUGAUUCUAGGGUUCUGGGUACUUUUUUUUUUGUUGCUCAAUUGGAAUUGGUGUGGAGGUUUUGAGUUAUUUUUAAGCAUGGAUUACGAUUACUCACAAAAUGAAAGGGAUUUCGACCAAGGAAAUGUUCUGGCUUUCAAUGUCGAUGAGGAAGAACAUGAUUAUUAUGAAGAUUACGAAGAGAUACCUCAGCAGCAGCAACAACAAGAGCAACAGCCGCAGCAGCAGGGAAGGCGGGAUAAAAGACAAGAGGAAGAAACUGGAGCUGGAAAUGGUGGGAGGAUGAUUAAUCACAGUCACCAGUCCUCUUCUUCUUCAUCAGCUCCUGGGUUAGUUAGUUAGUUGGUUGGUUUAGUCAUAGUAGAUAGCUUCUUAGUUAUAGUCUUAUAGAAUGCAUGUGUAAAAAAUCAAGGAAAGAUAGGGAAUUGGUUGUUUUAGAAGGCUUUUGUUGUUCUUUGUUUUUCCAAGAGGCUGCAAUGGCCUGGUGGAAAUGGAUAGAGAGGAAAUUUUAUAGGAAAUAAUUUGGGUUGUUUUUUUUUUGUUAUUGUUGGUAGAAAACUCUUUGUUGGAGGACUCUCUUGGGAUACUACUGAAGAGACCUUCACUAAUUACUUCUGCAAGUUUGGAGAAAUCUCGGAUGCUGUCAUAAUGUUGGAUAGACUGUCAGGAAGGCCACGGGGGUUCGGGUUUGUAACCUUUGCUGACCCAGUGGUUGCCGAUAGAGUCUUGGAGAGAGACCAUAUUGUAGAUGGCAGAGCGGUGGAGGUGAAGAAGACAGUUCCAAGGGAGGAUAUGGACUUCAAAGGGAUGAGAGUUAAGAAAAUUUUUGUAGGUGGACUACCUCCUUCUUUAACCGAAGAUGAGUUAAAGGAGUACUUCUCGUUCUACGGGGUCAUCACCGAGUAUCAGAUCAUGUUGGAUCAUAAAACUGGACGUUCAAGGGGAUUUGGGUUUGUCACCUUUGACAGUGAAGAUUCAGUCGAACGGAUCUUUUCAGAGGGUAGGAACCACGAGCUUGGAGGGAAAGAGGUGGAGAUAAAGAAGGCUGAACCUAGAAGAUUCGGUGGUGGUGAUUAUGGCAGCGGCCCAAAGUCUUAUGGUGGAGGAUUCAACAAUGAGGCAAGUGGGUAUGGGCCCGUUCAUGGUUCUGGAAGUCGGAACAGUGGCAAAAUGGGCAGAGGAGCAUAUGGCGGUGGUGGUGGUGGUGGUGGCUAUGGCGGUUAUUCCGGAUUCAAUGGUUUUGGAGCCGGUUAUGGAGCAGGCUAUCCAGGGAGUGCCGCCGGGUUCUAUGGUGCAUAUGGUGGAUAUGGCUAUGGAUUUGGGCUGAACAACUUUAUGAUGUAUGGUAAUGGCAUGUAUGGAGGUGGUGGCGGUUCAGCCUUCCCAUAUGGUGCGGCAGCUGGCUAUGGUGUGGGGAAAGGGUACGAACGAACUGGCGACGGAGGUAGAGGAUAUGGCAGCAGUGGUGGUAGUGGUGGUAGUAGUGGAUAUGGCAGUGGGAAGGCAUAUGGAGGCAGCAGCGGUGGAGGUUCUGUGGCAGGAGGAAGACACCACCCUUAUAGGAAGUGAAAAAAGAUAUUUGAGUGCUUCUCUCUGGAUUUGUUGUUGCAGGCAAACAUUUGGGAGAAAACUUGUAUGGGAUUGUGAAGAUGAAUGUUGAGAUUACUGUCCUUCUUUCUCCCUAUGGUAGUUGGUUUGAGGAGGUUUUUCGUUGAUAGGGUGGCAAAAAUUGGGUCUUUUAUGUCAAGGAGAAAGGAAGGCAUUUUCUGUCUGUGGGGUUCUUAUACUUGGAAAAUUUCACAGGUAUAUACCAUUGUGUUCCUCGCAGAAAUUGGGUUAUAAUCCUGAAGGAAGUUCUUUAACCAUAGGGUUUAGUUGUGUACCAAGGGUUUUUUUAGAUAGGCAAUUUGCAUUUCAUGAGUAUGUGUGCUCAAAGUCUUUGCAUCUUCUGGAUAAUUUAGUUUUUCUAUGACAAGGAUCUUUGUGAUAAUAAGGGAGAACCAAAUUUAGGAGUCGUUUGUUUUUGUAAGUUGGUGUAUUUUGGUGAAAAAUU